GAUGUUGAGGGGCUUGACAGAUAUGCUCUGUUCCUAACUGAGGUAAAAAAAUGCGAUGUCUGGCGCCACCAUGGACGAGUUCGAGCACCCGUCUACCCUCCGCUUGAUCGCGUCUAAGCUUCCAGUGUAUCUGCAGGACCGGUGGCUCCGAGAGGCCGACAGAUUGUCUGAGAGUGGUAAGAGGAUUACUUUCUCAGACAUGGUUGGCUUCGUCGCAGCAGAGGUGCGAGUGAGGAGGAGUCCUCUUUUCGGUCCAAGGCCUGUCAUUUCCGGACGCGGUAGUGAGGCUGGAGCGCGGCAUAAGGUGAGCACAGCGAAGGUGAGCGAGCCCGGGGUGCAGAAGUGUGUUUUCUGCGGGGCGGCGCACCGUCUGGAGGGCUGUAAGGAUCUGCUUCGUAGACCUUGGGAGGAGAGACGACGGGUGUUGAUGAGAAAUCAGCUGUGUUUUGGCUGCCUGAGGAGGGGACACAGGGCUCGGUCUUGUAGAAAGCCGCUCCGGUGUGGUGUCUGCAAUGGGCCCCAUCCCUUGGCGAUGCACAGGGAGCCGAGCUCAGUCUCUGCCCCCAUCGAGCAGCAGCGUGCGGCUCAGCCGCCCGGCAGGGGGUCUGAUUCUUUGCGCGCGGGACCCUUGACCGGCGGGAUGGGAGCAGCUGGUGACCCACCUGGGGCGCAGAUGAGUGGUGGUGUUUUAAGUGCGAGCUUGGGUAUCCGCGGCGCGGGCCGGACGGCGCUGCCAGUGGUUGCUGUGCGCCUCCGGGGUCCCACGGGGCUGGAGGUGGUGGUGAAUGGGUUCUUGGACUCUGGCUCGUCAGGUAGUUUCUUGACUGAGUCGCUGGCGCGGCGUUUGAAGGUGAGAAGGGAUGACACUUCCAUCUCCAUCGAGACGGUUGGGAACGAGCGGAGGGUGAUGCAGACCUCGCUGGCCUCUGGGUUGGAGGUCUGCGGUCUGGACGGAGCAGAGUUCCUUCCCCUGCCGCCGCUCCUGACUAUCGACAGGAUCCCUGUGACGCAGUCCGAUCGGUGCCGGGUGAGUGAGCUCAGAGCCGCUGCCCACCUGCAGGGUGUGGAGCUCCAUGAGGUGGAUGCCCCAGUGGAGUUGCUGCUCGGCUCCAACUGCGCUACUCUGAUUGUUCCCAGAGAGGUGAGGUCUCCGCCUUCCGGUGAGGAGGGCCUCUGUGGUGUGAGGACGUGUCUUGGCUGGUAUGUAAUUGGUUGUGGUGGUUCCCCGGCGACAAGAGGUAGGAUGUCUGUCAACCUGCUGCGGGUUCACGACAGCUGUGUCCCUGACCGUGACUCAGAGUGCAUCUUUAAGGUCAUGUAUGAACAUGAGUUUAAGGAUCUUUCCGACGACAAGGAGUGCCUUUCCGUGGAGGACAGGGAGUGGCUGUCUGACUUGCUCCCACGGGUCAAGAGAGACGAGGAGGGGCACUUCGAGAUUGGAUUCUCUUCGGAGGCGCUUCAGGUCUGA